CGAUCGAUGUCAAUUGUAGGGACUAGCUCAACUGGUGAGUGUCCUUGAUCAGUCGAGUAAGCUUUGCGAGCUUUGUUAAAUCAAAAUCCGUAUAAACAAGAAAUUCUAUGUCGCUUCACGUCUGUGUUGGGAACAGAUCAAAAGUUAGUUUUAAGUAUUUUGAUAAGUCGAUUGACUGUUUGUUGAAAUGAAUUCGUGCAAGGCUGAGGUUUGUUGACUUUACUUCCAAAUGUUCCAAAUGUUUAACUGGCUGCGCUUCCAGAGACACAUCCACGAUGCAGAGGUGCAGCCCCAAGCGGAGGCGUUUGCUCAUCGCAGCCUUUUUGAUUGGCAGCCGCAGAUCUCGUCGAAUGCCUUUGAUAGGAAUUGGUAUGGCAUUCGGCCAGUGGUAGCUUUUGAGGAUGAGCCCUUUUUUGCCAGCAAUCUGGUUUACUAUCCCGAACUGCCGCAGCCGUUCAGAGUGAGCCCCUAUCAGUCGUAUAGGGACUGGAAGAGCUACCAUGAUGCGAGGCGUACAAUGCAGCAGGCGGCGAGGCCAGCGGAGAGGGAGGCCUACGAUCGCCGGACGAUGAUCGAUGCCCAAGCGGAUACCUGGCAGCUGUUGGGCGAGAAUGUUUACGCCUGGACACAGCAGCCGAACGGGCAGCCGCUGGUGCCGCUGCAUUCGCUGGCCGCGAUGAGCGGCGUGAGUGUGGCCUGCGUCCUGAUGGCCGCGCAUCUCAUCCAGCACCGACACGAUCCCAACGAGAACUGCAUGCUGACCCACUUCAGUGCCAACAAGCUGCGCAGCUACGUGGUCAUGAGCGAUGAGGUCCAGGAUGUGCUCAACCGUUGCGAACGACGCGAACACAAUCUAUAUAACGCAGUGCCACUUCUCUGCUCGCCAAUGGCGCACGAUCUGCCCCAGCCGCCGAUCCAGUGGCUCAUCAAGCCCAAGCUGAAGCCCAAUCAGCCGAAGAAGCGACCCAAACGGCAGCACAGCCAGAUAGACGCCAGGGGGCACGACAAAUUCAUCAAUCCCAAUCUGAUGCUAAUCACCGAAUGGCAGCCAGAGACAUCCAGCUACAAUUACAAGUUGCAGUCGCAAUAGACACAGACAACAGUUAGAUGCUUGUGACUGAGAUUUGCAUAGAAAGGCUCCAUUCUGAGGGCUCUUCAGACGUACGUCUGUAAAUGAAAGUGUUAAAGCGAUAUAUAGGGAAUAGGUA